GAUGAAGGUUUUCUCAUCUCCAUCUCUGCUCCAUCUUUGAUUCAUCUGUAUCCUGCAGAUUAACAAAAAAAUCAUGGGAUGAAAGCUCUCUCCUUCUCUCUCUAAUCGAUCUGUUCUUCAUCCCCCUCUCCGAAAAUCACCAUCAACCUCCCACAAAAUCUCCGGCUUACCUUCACCUUCGUCGUUCUUCUUUACCGACGAAUCAAUUCCAACAUUCAGCACCUUUCUUUAGUUUGGUAAGAAUCCAAAUCCUUGUUUUCGCCCAAAAAACCCAUCAAUUUUCCUUUUCCCCCAAAUCAGAGCAUCUAGGGUUCAUAUAUAAUUUCUUUCAUCUUUCUUUUGUACAGGAUUUUGCUCACUGUUGGGCCUUCUAAUUAAACGUCUCUCCCAAUUAUUCUGUUUCCUUGGAGGUCCUGCUAUCAGAACGGGAACAUAGUUGCUGGAGGUAAUGUUGCUCUGCUGCAUUUGUGGAGUGCUUUAACAUUUUGAUUCAUGCUACUGCUUUUUAUUUAUGUGUGUGUGGCCUAAUUAACCGAGAUGUAUGAUGUUUUGAAUGGCGGCAUAGUUGAUCUACCUCUAGUUAUUCUUUCUUUGCAGCUGUCGACUAGAAAUUAGUGCUUAUAUGAACUCUGCUGUCCAUGGAUCGUUGUUCUUUGUUUGGACUAAAUAAAGCUUUCAAUUAUUUAGUUUCCCAUGGUAAAUUAAUAUGAGGGCGAGAGUAGUUAGGACUGAGGUAGCUAGCUAGUAUGGUCUCCAUCCUUGGCACUUUAGCAUAAUUUCACAAACGUAUGGAAAAGGAACAGGGUAAGAAAGUGACAAAGAAAUUGGGGUAAGGUUUCUGGCCAAACUUAAAACAAAUGGUGAAAGCUAAGACAUGUCAAUUUUAUUUAGGUCUGGCCUCACUAGAACCUUCACUUCCACUAUUAAUCUUUCUUUUUUACUAUUGGAUGUUGUUCUUCAACGAACCAUUGAUUUUAUUUUUAAUUUGAAGUGGAGGGGUAUGGAACAAAAAUUGCCUUAAAAAGAACAGUAUAAAAAAAUAGAAAGUCCAGAUUGAUGGCUAAAUAGGUUUGUAAGAAGAUUUGGUAUAAUUCUCACACAACCUUUGAACCUUGUUAUACGUUGCAUAGCUUGAAUUUUUUGUUUUUUUUUUUGUUAUGCGUUGCAUAGCUUGCAUACCUUUGUAACUAUGUUUAUAGUUUUUCCUUUUAGACCAAACAAAUUAAUGAUAUCAAGAUCAUCAGAAAGGGGUAAACAACAUGAUUUAGUUAAUAAAGUUCUUAUUUUGCCGGUGAAUGUAAUGAAUAGUGUGUUUCUUGACUCUAUUUCACAACAUCAGCAUAACAACUUAAUCAUAAUGUACAGUUUGAGUUUUAGAUGGAUAGAGAAGCUCAAGAUUCGAAUGAGAUCGAAGAGCAUAUUGCUGAUGGUUUGGAAGAGAUUUUAGAUUUGCAUGGAACAGAACAAGAUAGUUGGAGAAAUGUUAUGGAAAAUUGGCAGAGACAAAGAGAUAUGUGUGUUAUCCAGCUUAUUUGCUACAUUGUUUUUGCAUUGCAUCGAUUAAAUAGUCAAGCCUCUAAUGGAUCUUUGAGUUAUCAAGUUAGAGAAGAUAAAAGGAUCGAGUUUUUGCAAGAAUUACGUAACCAAGAAGCUGCAUGUCGUCCCAUAUUGCGCAUGGGAGUAGAUGCCUUUGUUCUAUUCUUUGAAAAAUUACGAGGUACAGGAGUGUUGCAAGAUUAUAAGCGUGCCACUGUGGAAGAGCAAGUAGCGAGGUUUUUGUCUAUUCUUGCCCAAACUGGUGGCAAGUAUCGCACUUUGGCUUUCUAUUACCACCGAAGUAUUGGGACUAUUAGUAGGCAUUUUCAUAAUGUCUUGCGAGCGGUGAUAAGUUUGGCACCUGAAUUCCUGAAGCAACCUAAUGCAACAACGCCAGUGUCUUCCAAAAUAGCCAAUAACUCUAGAUUUUUCCCUUACUUCAAGGAUUGCAUUGGUGCUAUUGAUGGAACCCACUUUCGGGUGAAAGUAAAUCGCGCCGGUCAAACUCGUUUUAGAGGUCGAAAAGAGUGGCCUACACAAAAUGUUUUAGCUGCAUGCAACUUUGACUUGCAAUUCUUAUAUGUUUUAGCUGGGUGGGAAGGGACUGCAUCUGAUUCGAGGAUUUUAAAAGAUGCAUUGACUAGACCACAUGGGCUUGUUAUACCAGAAGGGAAAUUCUAUCUCGGAGAUGGUGGGCUAAUGUUACGUGCGUCAUUAUUAACACCAUACAGACGUGUUCGAUAUCACCUUAAGGAGUAUUCUCGUAAUGCUCCUAAGAAUGAAAAAGAAUUGUUCAAUCAUCGCCAUGCUAGUCUGCGUAACUCGAUUGAACGAUGUUUUGGAGUGUUGAAAAAGAGAUUCCCUAUUAUUGCCACCGGUGCUGAGGCUCAAUACUCUUUUGACACUACAACCAACAUUAUCCUUGCUUGUUGUAUUAUACAUAACUUCCUCAUGGGAGUUGACCCAGAUGAGCAACUAAUUGCAGAAGUCGAUCGAGAACUAGCGAGGAGGCAAAGGCAAAACGAGCCACAAUGUGAAGAGGAAACAAGAGCUGGGAUAGAAUUGCGUGAUAGUAUAGCAAACCACAUGUGGCAUGAUUAUAUACAUAAUGUGCAACAAGUGGGUACAAUGAGCAAAAGAGCAAAAGGAAAGCAGGCUCUUCAAGGGGAGGCAUCGACUAAGGAGAAUCUAUGUUGGACCGAGGAUAUGGAUACCGCAUUGCUGGAAGCCUUUCUAGCCGAGCAACGCAAGGGGAAUAGGCAAGAGGGAACAUUCACUUCUCAUGCCUACAAUAAUGUUGUUACUUCUUUGCGUGUACGGUUUCCAUUUAAUUUCGACAAGGAGAAAAUUAAAAAUAGGCAGAAGACGUUGAAGAAGCACUUUGCAACUGUGAAAGACUUAUUCCACAACACAAGUGGUUUUGCAUGGAGUCCGGUAACCAAAAUGUUUACAGCUGAACCGGAAGUAUGGGAGCGCCUAAUUGAGGAGAAUCCAAGUGCUAGCAAAUGGAUCAGGACGCCCAUCAACAACUAUGGUAAGAUGUUUGAGUUGUAUGGUGAACAUAGAGCAACUGGAGAUGGAGCUGCGAGUGCAUUUGAGAGGAUCGAUCGUUGGAAUAUGAGGAAUUCAUCAUUCAACAUUGAUUUGAAUGACAUUUCAGAAGAUGAUGAAGGUAUGAAUGCCUAUACUCCUUCACCUUUUACACCUCGUGAAGGGACAAAUGCAUAUAGCUCCGAUGGUAGAUCUGCUUUCACUCCUGAUCCUUCACCAUCAGUCGACUCUCAUGGAACUGCCUCUUCAAAAGGAAAAAAAAGAAAAGCAACUAUGGGAGAUGUAUCUGUCAACGAGCUAGAGGUAAUGUCUACCAACAUGAGUAGAAUGGCAGCAGGUAUAGAGAUGGGGAAUAUGAUUGCUGAACGUUCUGCCAAGGCAAUGGAGAAAGGAAACGAGAUUAAAGAGAAGUCAUUGGUGAUCCUUGAACACCAAAAGACUCACAUCUACAAAGAGGGAGAAAUUUAUCAAGAAUUGCAGCGUUAUGACAUUCCUGCAGAAAUGAGGUUGAAUGGUUAUAAGUACUUGUCCCAAAAUCCGGGGACCACAAGGGUUCUAUUUGGCUUGCCAGAUGAGUACCGCCAGCAGUUUGUUGUUGAUUUGGCAAAAAAGCAAGCCUUUUGGCAAGUUGACUUCUGAAGUAGUAUGAAGGUGUUUUGUUUUGUCUAACAUGAUGUAUGCGGAAGUAUUAGCAGGUCGCCUCAUUUUGGACGAAAUUAUGUGCGUCUAGUACUAGUAGGUACUUUUUGUGGACGAAUUCGGGUAUGUAUAAUGUUAGCAGGUGACCUUAUUUGGAACGGAUUUAUGUUUGUCAGCAGAUGACUUACUUUUGGACGGAUUUGUGUAUAUCCAAUAUUAGCAUGUCGUUUAUUUUGGACAAAUUGAUGUAUGUCUAGCAUUAUCAUCACCUUAUUUUUGACAUAUUUGGAUAAUGUUAGGUCUCUUCUGCAUCUGUAGCCUAUAUACCAAAGAAUAAAAGCGAGAGAAUUGA